GUGUGUGUGUGUGUGUGUGUGUGUGUGUGUGUGUGUGUGAGAUUGUCCGUAUGUGGCUGUGUAUACGUAUUGGUGCGGGCAUAGUGUCGCGGAAAGAAAAAUUGGAUCGGCCGGAAGUAUUUUAAUAUCUCCAAAAGUGAAUCCCGAAAGUGAAUAAGUAUCUCCCACAUUUUUUGUGUUUCUUCAACAUGGCCGAGUGGACCAAGUUUAACAAUGGAGACAAAUCGAGUCAAUUUGACGAACGAACGAAUAACGAUACGACCGUGAGGCAGUCGUAUAUCGAAACGAACGACGAUGAGAUUAAUAACCAAGAUUCAUGCGUGAUAAGUGACCGAACCGAUUUCGAUUGCGAUCAUAAUCGUCGUGAGGAGACGAUCACGGAUUCGAGUUUGUUUCGGGAAUCGGAGCGCGUCGAUAACUUCCGAAACAACUCGGGACCACAGGAAAAUGCGCGAAAGGAAGAAGAAGUAAGAUUCGUGGAGAACGAGCCGGAACGAACGGAGGAAACGGGCUCAAGGAUACGUCGAGAAGCUCGACAAGAGCUGAGAGAUGCUUCUCAAAACUUGCAGAGUUCACCAAAGAGACCCAACAGCCUCUACAAAGAGGAUCCGGUAUCUAGUCCGCAAAAGUUGAAGAACGUUUUCAACGAAAGAGGUACAAUUUUCAGUUCGCCUAAUACCAGGAUCCUGUCACCCAAGAGUCACUCGUCGACCGAGAAGAGUACCGAAAAACUCGUCAACGGCAAGUCACCCAAAGAGGACAAGCAGCAGCAUCACGUGCAAUUCAACAAGGAGUCUCAGAAGCAGCAGCUACGUCAAGCAGCUGAAGAAAGACCACAUCCGAGUCCGUCAAUUUCUACGUCUACUACGAGCAGUUCCGAAGAUAAUUCCAGCUUGGGACAGUUUUGCGAAGCGAGGCCACCCGACGGAGGUUGGGGCUGGGUCGUCGUAGCGGCCUCCUUCAUGGUAAACUUGAUCGCGGAUGGUAUUACUUUCUCCUUUGGCGUAAUAUAUGUUGAGUUCCUUAAUUAUUUUGGCGAGGGCAAGUCCAAAACGGCGUGGAUCGGCAGCCUCUUUAUGGCGAUGCCAUUGCUAUCGGGGCCGGUGGCAAGUUUUUUAACCGACCGAUACGGAUGUCGAAAAGUAUCGGUAGCUGGUAGCAUUCUGGCGACGGCUGGUUUCGUCGUGAGUUCCUACGCGAAUUCUAUGGAGGUACUCAUCUUUACGUUCGGCAUCGUAGCAGGUUUCGGUUUAUCCUUGUGCUUCGUCGCGGCGGUGGUAAUCGUGGCGUACUACUUUGACAAAAAGAGAUCUUUCGCCACCGGUCUGUCGGUAUGCGGCAGCGGAAUCGGGACUUUUAUUUUUGCGCCCGUCACGCAAUAUCUUCUGGCGGAGUACGGCUGGAGAGGAACCACGUUGAUUCUGGCAGGAUUGUUUUCGAAUCUCGCCGUAUGCGGCUGUUUGAUGCGGGAUCUCGAAUGGACUACCAUUAGAGCAAAAGCGAAAACCCAAGAAAGGAGAAAGAACCGAGAAAAAAAGAGAUCUAAAAUGCAGAGCUCCAGCGCAGAUUCCUUCUCCGCCACUAGCUCUGCGAACACGAAUACGCAAACGCCUCACGGUGAUUCCAAGAGAGGUUUCGCGUCGGCUAAUGCGAUGAUUAUCGAGAAUCUUCGGCCGCAGGAUGGUGGAGACGAGGAGAGUGGUGAAAAGCUGUUCUCUAGUCUAGUGAAUCUGCCUACGUUCGUCAAGAACGGAGAAAGAGUACCUCUGGAAGUGUUGGAACUACUCAGUACGAACAAAACCGUUUACAACGUCCUCCUGCAAAACUAUCCGAGUCUCCUAAUAUCGUCGAGGAGUUUUAGCGAUUCCGGUGCGCUGCACGAUCAAUUGAGUACACCCUCGGCUCGAUUUAUAUCUACACCGAGCCCAUUAGCCGAAUUGCGAAUUGAGGGAAAGGAAAGUUGCAAGAGCAACGGCGAGCGAAUUUUGCGCAGCGAACAGCAACAGCAACAGCAACAGCAACAGCAUCAAUCGGUAGAACCGACAUACUUAUGGUGGUUGAAAAAAUAUUCCGAUACUCCGUUGAGGCGAUCUAGCACAUUGGAACAACCAAGAAGACUGCCCACUGCCUAUUUGAAGGAUAUCAGAAUGCAUAGGCAUAGUUUAACAUACAGAGGCGCCAUGCUCAACAUCAAUCGAUAUCGCUUGAGAGCGUCGAGUUGCCCGGACAUCUAUCGAAAUUCAAUGACUACGAUCGCUAAAACGAAGCUCGUCUGGUACGCUGGGUUCUGGGAAUUUUGGGAUUUGAUUGUCGACAUGCUAGAUUUCUCGUACUUUGCCGAUCCGAGGUUCCUGCUGUUCGCAGUCAGCAACUUUCUCUUGCACACGUGGUACGAUGUGCCUUAUGUCUAUCUGACGGACAACGCGAUCGAAGUUGGAUUCAGCGAGACAGAUGCGUCCAUUCUGAUCUCGGUGAUCGGGAUUGCGAACAUGAGUGGUGAGAUUUUUCUGGGUUGGGCCGGCGAUAGAGCGUGGGUGAACGCGUCUAUCGUCUACGCGGUAUGCAUGGCGCUCUGCGGUACCGUUACUGCUCUUAUACCGAUAGUCGUCAACGAUUAUUAUACUCUAUGUGCAAUCUCUGGUGCCUUUGGAUUAUUCAUCGCGGCAAAUUACAGUCUCACCAGCAUCAUCCUUGUCGAGCUCAUCACCUUAGAGAGGUUCACGAACGCUUAUGGCCUUCUGUUACUCGUUCAAGGAAUCGCCAAUCUCAUGGGCCCUCCUUUAGCUGGCUGGUUAUACGAUAUCACGGGCACGUAUGAUCUGUCCUUCUACCUGGCGGGAUUGUUCAUUGCGUUAAGCGGCGCAUUGUUACUAGUGAUGCCUUUGAUUAGUUUGUAUCGAAAGUGUCGAAACGAAUCUGGGGGAAUAUCCGUCGACAAGGAUUUCAAUGCGAUAAACAAUGUGUAAAUAUGAUGAUAUUUAUUGAACAAGCCAGAGAUGAACGAGCAUCGUCGGAUAUUUCAUCGCAACAUAGGAAAUCGGAAUAUCCAUCCGCGAUAUCAAGGGAUAUCGAAGGAAUCGCAACACAGUUUGAAAAAAAUUGCCAUAGGCUUCUUAAUUUCGUGCUAAUGUCAUUUUACAUGUGACAUGCUACACGUGAGUCGCACGAGCCGGCUGUGGUGUAUUAUAUAGUUAUAAUUAUAGUUUGUCGAAAUGCGGAUUUAUCGACUUUCCGUAACGACUAAUGUCAGCGACUCGAGAAAUGUUAAUUAAAAAAAAAUGCGUGGCAAAUCGCAUCAGUAAAAUUUCGGAUUUGCGUCAUCAUCACCAAUUGAUGCUUUAUCUUCGCAACCUUUGUAAAAAUUAUCAGAUUGUUUGUGAUCUUGUGAUCUUGUUAUAUAAUAGAAAUUAUUUCGUGUA